GCGCGGACGCAUCAGGCGGCGGUUGGAGUCGCGCGAUCGGUAUUCCAGGUGCGCGCCGUGAGCCACAGGUAACCGGACCGCGUUCAGUGUCCGCGCAGCCGCACCGGUGCAACCAAUCGACCGCUGCCGCGACGCCGUCGAACGCGACAGUAAUAAUCGUAAUCGUAACAACGUGUUGUAAUAGAAUUAUCGUUGCGCGAGGAGAAAAAAAUCCUAAUACGUUUUCGGGAAAGGCUCCGAGUGGCAUUCCGAGGCGUGUUUUUAAUCGUACGUUUUCGGUUUUUUUUUUUUUUUUUUUCAUGUUUCUCCUUUUUUUUCCGACUUCUGUACGUACCGAAUAACGCGCGCGCCAAGUGCCGUAAGACGAACAGGACCGUCCGCGGUCACAGUAUCAUUGGCGUACCUAUUUCGGUUUACCAUCCGGUCGCGGUAUACCGCCCUGUUUGCCAUUAUUCGCGAUGUGCCCGCUCGUUCCGACGACCGCGGCGGUGUGACGGUUGCAACGCCGUGAUCGUUUCUCUUCGUUUCUCCACCACCGUCGUCCUUUCCACUUAACAUGUUCAUAAAGAAACCGAAAUGGAUCGAAAAAGUCACAGUAGAGCCGAUGCUGUUUUUGUACUUUGUCACUUUAGCUAUUUCGGCGUUGGUGGGCACGAACUUAAUACUACGGAAGGGCUGUGACAUAACGGCUACGUCGCAGCCGGAAGAUCUGCGGGAGAAGUGCCUGAACGAGAGCUACGCGCAGGAGCUGGUGGCCAAGAUCCAGUCGUGGAAGCUGAGCAUCCAGUACUCGGUGCCGCUGGUGUUCAUACUGUUCGCGGGCCCGUGGAGCGACACACACGGCCGCCGGCGCCGGCCGCUCAUGUUCAUACCGAUCGCGGGCCAGCUGCUGACGGACGCGUUCAACAUGCUCAACGUGUACAACUGGCACUGGUCGCCCACCGUGGCCGCCGUGUCCGAGUGCCUUGUGCCCGCGCUCACCGGGUCGCGCAUAUGCUGCGUGGUGGGCGUCGCGUCCUACGUGGCCGACAUCACGCGCGUCGAGGACCGCACCAAGCGCAUCGGCAUGCUCAUGUCGCUGUACUUCAUCGCCACGCCGAUCGGCGCGUGCACCGCCGGCUUCCUGAACGUCAACAUCGGGUUCUACGGCACGUUCGCCGUGUGCAUAGCGAUGAACUGCCUGGCGCUGGCGCUGGGCGCCGCGCUCAUCGAGGACACGUCCGUGCCGUACGAGAACGCGUCCGUCUGGCAGACGAUCAACCCUAAGGUGAUCGCCGACUCCGUACGCGUGCUGGUCAAGAAACGGCCCAGCCGCAAGCUGCUCGUGUACAUGACCGUCGUGUCGCCGCUCACCAUCGGGCCCAUGCAAGGAGAAUAUUCUAUUCUAUAUCUUUUCGUCAGAUACAAGUUUGGAUGGAACGAAAUAGAUUAUAGUCUGUACGCUGCAUACAAAAUGACUGGAAUACUUAUAGGUACGAUCCUGGCCAUAUGGUUGAUGAGUGUAAAACUGAAAAUGCACGAUGCAGCGAUCGGUUUCAUUGGCAGCGGUUUCGAUCUGAUCGCAGCCGUAUGUUACAGUUUUGUCACUCAACCAUGGCAGCUAUACGCGGUGCCAGUAAUAGAUAUUUUCCAUGGUGCUGCGUUCACUGUUAGUACGUCGAUGGCGUCUAAGCUCGUCGAUAACAGCGAAUUGGCGCAACUCAAUUCAGUUCGAGGUAUGCUAGAAACACUCGCUCCAAUUAUUAUAUAUCCUUUAUAUAAUCAAUUAUAUACGCUCACGUAUGAAACACUACCAGGAGCUUUUUUCCUGCUGAGUGCGGCUUUUACUGUUCCAGUUGUCAUAUUAUUCGGACUUACAUACAAAAUCGACCGAAAAGAUAAAAUUUUUCAAAAUAAUAAUAAUGAAGAAGUACAAAAAAGUAAAGACGAAUAUAAUAACACUGUCAAAGAAGAACCAAUUAAAAGCAUAAACUCAGUGUAACAAAAACGAAUUUAUAACAAAUAAUAUGGUAAAACAUAUUAUUAUUUAUUUGCUAUUAAUGUUAUUAUAUUUUAU